UUUUUUUUUUCGUACAAGGGCCUCAUUUAAAACUUUGGCCCCUGGGCCUCAAAAUGUCUUAAUCCGGGCUUGGGCAAGGUCGUCAAGCGUCCGAGCAAAGGCGCCAGCGACACUCGUCAACCCGCGGGACAGGUCGUGAGAUUGCAUGCAGAGGUGACCAACAACACUGCAUAUCCGCUGCUUCCGACUCUGGGGUCUGCCCGUGGCCUGCACUUGCAGUAGUUGUGUACCCAUAUCAAUGGCCGGCAGACAGAAGAGGAAAAACUAAACGCGUGAGUGUUCCGGUCUGAAGUUGACAAGAACUCGGGAUUCAAGACGCGGGUCGGAUUAAUCAGAUUUGUGGCGUAGUAAAAGUUGUUGACGUGCAGGAUCAUUGGAUUAUCGCGCAGCGAAACAUUUAACAUCCUUGCCAAACGAAAUCAUGCCCAGAAACGUAGAGAUCAAAGCUCGCGUCGAAGACUUGGAGGCCGUCAAACAGCGCAUUUUAGCAUUACGGUCGAACGCUGCUUAUGACGUCUGCCCGGAUACCACGAUCAUGAGACAAAAAGACUCGUUUUUCAAUUUACCAGCCGGUAAAUGUGGCAAAUUGAAACUCAGACAAAUGGGUCUUUGUAAUGAGUUAAUUUAUUAUGACCGCGAGGAAAGCACUGGACCAAAGUUAAGCUCUUAUAAUAAAUGUCAAGUAAACGAAGAUGUUGAAAAAGUACUAACAAAUGCAUUGGGUAUGUGGGGAGUCGUGAAUAAAGAAAGAAGUUUGAUCAUGGUUGGCCAAACAAGAGUGCAUUUUGAUAGGGUUGAAGGUCUUGGGGAUUUUGUAGAACUGGAAGUAGUUUUGAAUGAUAGCCAAACAGUUGAGGAUGGACAAUCAAUUGCAGAAGACCUGAUGUCUCAUAUGGGAGUUGAAGAAAAAGACUUGAUAUCUGUGGCAUAUGUAAACAUGCUUGUUUAAAAUAAAUCAAAAUACCUGGACAUUUUAUUUUAAAAUAAAUAAUUUUAUUGCUAUUAUGCCCAAAA